AUGUGUCUGGGUAUUGAACAGUGCGAAAGUUUGCCUCUGAAGAAGAUGUGUGGCAAUUUAGUGGUCUCUUGGCCAUGUGGACCUUGUGCUGUCGCGUCCAAAUUCUUCCUUACCCAGUCGUGCAGCACCAUCCUGCAUUCUCUGCUGAACAAACUCGCCAUCGCGCCCGGCAGCUGGGUGAACGUCGUUGCAAGCUUUGGCACAAUGGAAGCAGCUCGUUUGGUAUUGGCCUUGAAGGGUCUCUUGGUGCAAAAGCUAGCGGAAGCGUGCAUGCUCGAAUAUAGCAUCUGCAAAUUUGGGGCUGGCAACCUCCUUGUAACCUAG